CUUCACACACACCUCCAAGUCAUCCUCUCCAGAAUUUCCAUCCGAACGAUCUUCAGGCGCGAUAUUCGCUUGGCUGGCUAUCAACGUCCGUCCUCCGUCAACCUCUCGACUCGAAUCCGGCGCUGAGCGCGACGAUGGUUAAAAACAUUGUCAUCCUCUCUGGCAACUCGCACCCCACCCUCGUAGACAGGAUCUGCAACAUACUAGGAGUUCCGCCAUGCGAUCGUAUCCUAUCCAAGUUCUCGGUGGGAGAGUCUCGUUGCGAGAUCAAGGACUCGGUGCGAGGCAAAGACGUCUACAUCGUGCAGUCCGGGGGCGGGUCGGUCAAUGAUCACUUCGUAGAGCUCUGUAUCAUGAUAUCCGCAUGUAAGACUGGCUCUGCGAAGAGAGUCACAGCCGUCCUCCCAAUAUUUCCGUACUCGCGCCAGCCCGACCUGCCGUAUAACAAGGUCGGCGCACCCCUGUCCAAACCCGCCGUCGAAGUUCCCAAGGAAUACACUUUCGAGAGCGUCCCCCCUACUCCGGGUCCAGGUGUUCCCAAGACCAGCGCCUUCGCAAACGGUAUCGACAUCACCAGGAUGCUAAGCAGGACUGCUCUUACCAACGGGCGCGCAUCUCCUAUCCCAAACGACCUUGGAUCUUCGGCUUCGGGAACGGCAGGCCUGAACGCAGCUAAUGGGCGCCCAGGGCCACAGCACCAAUCGCAAAUCAGCACAUUUGAGGCAAAGCGCGGAUACAAGAAAUGGAUCGCCCAAGCAGGGACUUUGGUCGCCAAUCUGAUAACAUGUGCGGGCGCAGAUCACGUCGUGACGCUUGAGCUCCACGAUCCCCAAUACCAAGGGUUCUUCGACAUCCCCGUGGACAACCUCUAUGCCAGACCGUUGCUCAAGGGAUAUAUCCAGCAGAGAAUCCCCAACUACAAGGAGGCAGUGAUUGUCAGCCCCGAUGCCGGGGGAACCAAACGAGCGACCUCGAUUGCCGACAAUCUAGGCAUGGACUUUGCUCUGAUUCACAAGGUAAGGUCACAAGUACUGAAGAGGAAGCACGGCUAUUUACUCGAAAUGCAGGAACGGCGCCCGACCAAGAUUACAGAGCGACAGAAUGCUACAAUGAUGCUUGUGGGCGACGUUCGCGACCGCGUUUGCAUUCUCAUCGAUGACCUUGUCGACACAGCGAAUACGAUAACGCGGGCUGCCAAGUUGCUGCACCGUGAGGGCGCAACCGCAGUGUACGCCCUCAUUACCCAUGGGAUUAUGAGCGGCGAUGCUAUCGCCCGCAUCAAUGCAUCGGCUCUGGACAAGGUGAUCGUGACAAAUUCGGUCCCCCAGGACGAGCACCGGGCCCUGUGCCCGAAACUCGAGGUGCUCGAUGUCGCACCUAUUUUCGCCGAAGCUAUCCGCCGCGUCCACCACGGAGAGUCUCUCAGCGUACUGUUCCAGCAUGAUUGAGAUGUCCGGAGCGCACGGGAGAAGACGCUCAGGCGAGCCAUGCAUAUAUGGCUGGAUCUUAGCCGCAGACCUAACCUAGAGGCAAGUCCAGUUGAGCUCGGAAGUGGUUGUGAGCUAUUAGAGAACAC